AUGAAGCAAACGAUGUUUCUUGUUUUCGCCGUGGCCGUCUUGCCGCUGGCGGCCGUGAAAACCAACAAGGACCUCCCGUUCGAUGUCCUGGAGGGAGCCGAUCCGAAGGCCAAUGGCACCCAGGUUCUGGAGAAGAUCGUGGAGAACAACCUGCUUCACGACAUGAAGGAGGCCUCUCAGGUGCCGGACAUGGAAAAGAAUGGGACCAACGGGACCAACACUACCAACAGCAGCGAGGCGGGCCUCGGGCGAUUGGCUUCGAACUUGGAGUUCUUGCUGCUCAAGGUGGCACAGCUGGACACCUGGCUGCAAAGGGGUGAGACGGUCGUUGAACUGCAGCAGCUUGAGAUUCAGAAGCUGGACAAAAAGGUGGACGGCUGCAUGAAGGAGGAGCAUGACAAGAAGGCACCUGGCCUGUCGCUGUUGGAGGUCAGGCAGCAAGAGGAGGAGCGCACUCAGCAAGCGCAGACCAUCUUCAAACGGGUCUUGCAGAAGCACCAUCACCAGCGGGAAAACAAGACCUUUGUCACGCCGGUGAAGGCGACAGAAGGCUUUCAGCCAAAGCAUCAGGAUCAUGUGAGUGUGGCCAGGCGGAAGUCUCAGGCCAAGGGCAGCGAGGCCAGCGAGCUGAUGCUGGAACGGAGGAGGCAAUCCUCGAAGUCCUUGGAUGCCAGCCUCGCCUCCAAGGUUCCAAUUGUCGAUGACCUCGUGGACGCAGGGAAGAGUGUGGGCGGGGCGAUUGUGGAUGGCACGGGUUUGGUCGGGGACGCUUUGGGGGAUGCGUAUGAACAUGCCACGGACAAGAUCUCUUUCGUGGCGAACACGGUCAUCGACACUGUGGAGAAGGCCAUCGACAUCCUGUCACGCGGCUUCAACAGCUUCCACGCUGGCUGCACAGUCCUCCCCCCCCACUUUAGCUUUUCCGGUGGUGGCCUUCGUAUCUUCUUUGGUGCAAUGGUUUGCUCGCUUACGUUGAUGGGCCAAACUACCCAGCUCUUCCAUGUGCAUUAUUCUGACACCACUCUCCCCUUUCCGGAGCCACUGAACACCAUUGCCAGCUUCGCGACCAGCCCAGUGAGGUCUGUUCUCACAAUGGGUCACGAGCUGACCAGCUGCCAUCCGAACUCCAGGUCAAUUAUCACGUGCCUGGGAAACAAAAUCAUCAACUACGUGCCCCCUCUGAGCUACCUGAACCGCAUGAGCGACAUCCUCGCAGACUUCCUGGAGGGCUUCGCAAAGGUGGCCGCCACCAUCGCGGGACAGGUCUUGAAGGGCAGCAUGUCUUUGAUCCAGCAGGCAGUGAAGUCGAAGUUCCCUGCUGCCGGAGCCCCAGCUGUGGUGCAUCACUCUGGCCAAAGCCUCGUGAUCACGACGCACACGCGCAAACGCGAGCGCAAGCCCGAGAUCUCUGCCCUGCAGAUGGACGGGUCCGAUGAGCCCCCAAAGGAUGGCAUCUCCUUCAACCUCCACAACGAUGGGGGCAACUACCAGUCCAAGCUCAUCUCACAGCUCUUGGGCUGUGGCACGGCUACGAGACGGCAUGGGCACAACGGCCAGGCGACCCACGCAGAUUGGCAGGUCCACGACAAGAACAGCUUCGUGGAGCUGCAGCCUUGGGCCGUGCCCUGUGGGACCAAGUGGAUGAAGAAGAACAUGGACAAGUGGCAAGGCUAUUCCUUUUACACUGGGGAGCUGGCCAUCGAGAAGUGUGUGACCGUCACCUAUGGCAUCAACGUGCAGCCCGUUGUGGCCUUCGUCGGAGGCGUGCAGUUCGACGUGAUGCCCAAGCCGCUGGCAUCGAUAGAUACCACGGUCUGCUGGCCUAAGGGCAGGCCUGAUGGUCAGGACCUGAGUGUCCUGCGCACGGAGAUCAAGUCCAGCGGUGUGCUGCUUUUCGCCAGGACCCUUCGCCUGGUCAAGCGCUUCGGCGCUGGGGCUGGCUUCUCGACGCACCACAGUCACCACGUGAAGGCGACCACCGCCAACUGGCACCAGCCCACCAACCCGCGCCAUGCCAUGGACCGUACCAAGCUCCUGCAGAUGCAGAUGGAGGAGGUACACAAUCAGUCCGUGAACCAAUCCGAGAAAUCCGAUGAGGGCACCAUGGAGUGGAUGGAAGAAGAAGAGUUGUAUCUGGCUUCCGCGAACUAUUCAGUGGACCUUGGGGUCAACUUGACCUCUGAGCACCGCGGGCAGGCGGCUUCGAAGGAACUGAGGAAGGCACAAGGAGUCUUCCAGCUCUUCAACUUCGUGCAUCCAGGGAUGGUGAGCUUCAAGCUCCAGGCCCUGCUUGAAGGGAACAGCUUCGAGAUGCGGACGCAGAUGGGUUUCGGUCCUUUCUCCUCCAACGAGAAGAAGAUCAAGAUGGUGGACAUUGUAAACCAGUUUCUGGUGAUCCUUCACGCCCUCCCCUUCGUGUCUGUGAACAGCAGAAACAAGGCUAUCCAUGCCCUGCGGCACUUCUCGGGCCAGGACACGCCGCCGCCUGUGAUCCCACAGCCCGGUGACAACGUCGCCAUUCACAAUCGGUUCUUCAACCAGUACCUGAACAUUCACAAUCACGGUGCCGUGCACUCAAGUCAUUCCCAUAAUUACGAAUGGGGCCUGCACCCAAGUUGGAUUUGGGAGCGUUGGACCGUCAUCGAUGCAGGCAACGGCGAGAUCGCGCUGCAUCACCAAAGGUCGAACCGCUUCCUUGGCAUCAACGAGCACGGCCUCUAUGGCCAUGUCGCUGCGGCCAGCCACUUUCACCACAGUUGGGUCCACCAUCGUUUCAGAGUGGUGCCCGUGGCCGGUGGAUUCAUUGGAUUGCACAACAUGCUUACGAACAGGUUUGUGUCUGUCGGCUAUCACCAUGGGACGUACGUCAGCCCCAAGAUGAACGUCGACGCCUUGCCUGAUGGCUGGACGCAUCAGCAGUUCCGCUUUCAGAUCAUCGAGCCCUUCUUGAAGCCUGGCAGGGUGGUGGCCUUGUUCAACCAUGCUCACCACAGAUGGUUGCGCAUGCACCACUGGGACCUGGACCGCUCUUCUCCACAUGGUCUCGAUUUCCCUGCCGGUUGGGCGUGGGAGCGGUUCCUGGUGGUGGAUGUCGGGAACGGCCAGGUGGCGCUCUUCGGCACGCAUUGGAAGAGGUUUGUGGGCCUGGACAACACCGGACAGGCUUAUUGCACGGGCCCCAUGGAGGCUGAUGGUCUGGCGGAGAAAGAGGUUUGGAACCACUUCCAGGCCCUUCCGGGCCUUCAGUAG